AAAACUCCGGAAACUGAGAAGCACUGUCGAGACAUUCGGUCACUCAAUCAGAGCAAGAGCCAAGAAACAAAGAGAAGAGUAGGAGAAAAUAGAAUUAUGAGCGAAGAAAAUUUGGAAGAAUGGGAUGCAAGUUUCUUGGAGGAACUUAUUCAAGUUGAAGAGUUUGCUCUUUCUUGUUCUUAUGUUAACCAAAACAAUCGCACUUCUUUUUCUUCUUCCUAUUUACCGCCGGAGUCGCCGCCACCAUCACAGCCUCCAUCGUCAUCGUCGCAUCAUCAACCCCUUCCGCCUCCAUCUCGAACUGAUUACAUCACUUAUUCGCCUCCGAGAGAGCUCUCCCAGAGACCCACAGAUUUGGGUGACGCCUCGAAUUCGAGUGGUUUUAUUGCUAAAUGUGCCACUCCUUCGACUCCGGUGCGGCGCGGUGGAAGUUCUGCUAACGCUAAUGAUCUCGAAAUCGAGCUCCUAAAGAAGGAGUUGGGUCGUGUUUCAAGGCAGCUUGCAGACCUGGAUCAUGAGUGUUCAGAACUUAAGAAGGAAAGAAACAAGGAGGAUCAGCUUACAGUUUCCAAUUCAAACAAUGAGGCGAAAGCUGCUAAUUUGAAAGACAUCAGCUUCAAUGACAUAGAACAUGGACUCCCUAUAGCCACUCAUGAUGAGGUUGUACAAAAAAUUCCAAAUAGAAAAUCUUUCAACGAUCAGAUUGGUCUACAUACAGUCAAGUCAAGCUGUCAGGCAGUUGGAGUUCAGACAGAUUUAAAUGCUUCUCUUGUUCUUUCCGAGAAGUUGCAGGACAUCUGGGGUUUGCCAAGUGAGCAAAAGUUUGGAAGAAAUCUGAUAUCCAAGUUAUUUGCAGUUUGUUCUGAAGAUAUUGAUGUCCUGUGUGGGUUCAUUAAUAUGAGCUCACCUUCCAAAACAGUGAAACUACAUUCAGUUAAGAGCACUGUUGAUAUGGUUAUGAAGAGCUCCAUUCAUCCUUUUCUUAGUGCAGAAGCUGCAAAAGUAUCUCAUUUCUACUCUGCUUUGACAAAGAUCAGUAGUGGAAUGUUGCAGCUGCAGGCUCUAUUUGAAUCUUUGUUUGAUCUCUGUACUGUUGAAAAUGUAGUUAUUGUCUAUAGAUCACUGCAUAUACUACGUGUCUUGCUGAAGCAUCUUGUGACUUUUGAAAGGGAAUCCAGAGGAAGGGAAAACUUCUUGAUUGAGCUUCUUCACUCUGGGAGCAGCAUUGAUGAUAUAUUUGGAUAUGAAACUAGAGAUCGGGUUUGCAUUGGCAUGGAUGGGGCCUUUUCAAGUGGCAUGCCAACUGGAGUAAGACCUCCUGAAGCAAAAUAUCUGUGCAAGAAAGGACGGGACAAUACUAGCUCUGCAUCAUUGUUUUCCCAUAUAAACUGGAUUUAUCUCUUUGAAUUUAUGCAUCUCAUUGUGACGAAGAGUAGUGAAGAAUGUGUAAGAUUGGAAGCAAUCUCCAUUAUGAAUGUGAUUCUGAUGAGCAGUGACGCUUACACAGAGAGAGAAAAGUUUGGCCUCAGUCAAGUCUUUGAAAGUAUUUCACUACUACUGAAAACGGGAGCUGGGCUGCUGGUACAAAAGGAGGCUGUGCAUGCUCUCUACCUGCUUCUAAAUUGUCCUAAAUUGGUGGUUACAUUCUGCUCUGGUUGUACAACGGAGGCAAGUGUUGGGGCUGCCAAUGACAAGGAAAACACAUAUGCUAUCCAAAGAUUCACUAUGAUUCUUGAGGGGUUGGCUGACUGUAUAGCUUGUUCGGGGAACAGUUUACAAGCCUUGGAGCUACGCAAAAAUGCCAUCACCUUACUUGCUUUUGUGGCCUCAUCUGGAAAAUCUGGUUUCGAAAUACUAGUGAAUAACAAGCUGUCUGGAGAAGCAAAUUUUCUAACACUAAUUAUGCAACUAUUGGCAUCUGAGGUAGACUUGGAGGCCACAGUAAAUACCGAGUCUGAUGAAACCUUUAAAGCAAGGGCAUUAUUGAUACGGGAAGUGCUGAUAUUACUCAAUAGACUCGUGUCAAACCCCGUUCAGUCUGCCACUGUUUUGCGAUUGUUAACCAACAGCAGGGAUAUGGUCAGUUUAACCAUUGACGUUGCAAACAGGCUGUCCAGAAAAGAACCAAAAUUAAGGCUGUCCGGCAGCAUAACUAAGCAGAUGAGAGAAUCUGAAAUUGUCGAUUUGGGACGAAUGUUCAAGAGAAGGGUUUCUACUUAUCUUGGAGAGUGACUUGCUCUGUCAUUAAAUUUUCUAAGGCAUCGCUCCUUCCCGAUUAGGGCUUUUUCUCGGAGAAAGAAACCGAGGUUUUAGUUCAGGGUGGCAAGUGAGGAGUCAGAUCUAAAUUGAUCUUAUCCAGAAAAUUGUGGCUAUGUAUUUUGAUGUGGUUAUAGCCAAAUCAAUUUUGUAACACAUUUGGCUGAUCCUAACUCUGCACAAGCUGCGUAUAUUUACACCAUUGUGGUUGUCGUCCUUCUUUCAUGUUGAAAAUGGUAUCAUUGCAUCAUACAU